CAGGAAUGGCUGGUCAGGGCUUCGGCGUGGCUUUUUAAUAGGAACUGGCGAGUCAGUCUUGGAUACUCUAUGGCGUUGGAAUGUUCAGGAUAGGCGUUCGAACUAUUGCACGAUGGAGAAGAGUCCAGAGUCUUUUCCAGUUCGCAAUAGAUAACUGGUUGGUGUUAACGGCUGUAUCACUAUUCUAUACGGGAUUGAUCGUAUGCCUAAACGUUAUCGCACAAGGUGGAGGAAGCAACCUGUUUCCUCCAGAACAGUUCUCUACUUUCACACAAGAGGAGAUACAGGAGCGCACCAAGGGAACCCAAAUCGUGAUUCCAGGCUGGCUCCUCAAGGCUUGUAUGCUGCUUUUGUUUGCCCGCAUGACAUCAGGAACAACACAUAUCAAGUGGAUCAAGAUUGUUGUUAUAUACGUCGUUAUUGGCUGGGUGGCUGUGCAAGUCGCCUUCUUCACUGCCUGCAUGCCGUUCAGCGGCUACUGGGCUGUACCUGUCUCAAAUCCUCAGUGCACCACACUUGAACACUUCGCGAUCGUUCAAGCAAAAUGCAACCUUAGCAGCGAUGUCUUGAUCAUCGCCGUCCCAGUUCCCGUGGUCAUGUCGUUGUCUUUGCCGACCAAGCAAAAGAUUGGCGUAGGAGUAGCUGUUCAGCAUGGGCAUAUUAUCGCAUCAAUCCUCACCAAAGUCUACAACCUGUCUGACGUAUACGACAACACGUGCAUGCUCUGGUACACACGCAAAGCCUCAGUUGCCGUCUACCACAUCCGCUUCCUGCGCGACCACACCAACUCCUACAUUACCGGGCAGUCUCGCAUGCCGCGCUAUGGCUACAGUUCCAACUACGGAAAUCUUUCGAGGCAUCAGCGCAGCCAUAUAUGCGCGACCGUCACAAACGUCGAGCCGGAUGAGCGUGCGUCUGUUCGCUCUUCGUCCGAAAUGCUUAGGACUGACUUCAGGUCUGGAAAGGCGAGACUUGAUAGCGAUGAGAGGGCUACCAAUGAUCUAAGUUAUUGGAAGGGAAUGGAUGUUAUGGAAGUGCAGGUCGACACCAAGGUCGAAAUACAAAGAGUUGGAUGGAACAGAGCUCCAGGGAUUCCAAACAACGACUCAUAUAAAGGGCGGUAGAAAGUAAUGGCUACUUCCACGCUCAUACAUUACGAUAGAAUACAGAGACGGCCUUUCCUUGACAUUUGCACACCUGCAUUACCAUGACAGUCCACAAAUCUAUUCGUCUCUAUUUUGGAGACGCCCAACCAUCAUGUCAUUCCCCUUUCUCAAACCUCAAAUUAGACAUUGCCAAUGCACAGAACUACUUUCAAUAAUGGUUCAGA